GUUCCCUUCGCCAAAACCCCCCAAAACCAAACACCCCUCACUCAUUUCCAGCCAACUACUUCACAAAGACGCAUACCCUCGUUUCACUCUCACACUCUCUCAAACAAAACAACAAUGGCAGCCUCUCUCACCAUCUCAAGGCUCCUCACAGCCCCCAGAUCCCUCUCCCUCUCCUCCACCACCACCACAACCAAAGCCUCCCUCUUCUCCCCCAAACCCUUCUCCUCAAAAUUCUCCUACUCCCCUCUCUCUCUCAAACACCACACCCACCUCAAACCCCUCAAAUUCUCCACCACCGCCGCCAAACCCAUCUCCGCCACCAUCUCCGUCGGCGACAAGCUCCCCGAGUCCACCCUCUCCUACCUCGACGCCGCCGGCGACGUCCAGACCGUCACCGUCUCGGAGCUGACCAAGUCGAAGAAGGCCGUCCUCUUCGCCGUCCCCGGCGCUUUCACCCCAACCUGCUCCCAGAAACACGUUCCCGGAUUCGUGGAGAAGUCGGCGGAGCUCAAGGCCAAGGGGGUCGACACCAUCGCCUGCAUUUCGGUCAACGACGCCUUCGUGAUGAAGGCGUGGAAGGAGAGCCUCAAGAUCGAAGACGAGGUGCUCUUGUUGUCUGAUGGGAAUGGGGACUUCACCAGGGCCAUCGGGGUCGAGCUCGAUUUGAGUGAUAAGCCGGUGGGAUUGGGAGUCAGGUCCAGAAGGUAUUCGAUUUUGGCUGAGGAUGGAGUUGUGAAGGUGUUGAAUUUGGAGGAAGGUGGUGCUUUCACUUCUAGUGGAGCUGAUGAGAUUCUCAAAGUUCUGUGAGUUUGAGGUCUCAUCACUUGAUGUGUUUUGUGUUUUGUGUUUUGGUUUUGAUAAUGUAUGAGUUAGAUAAUACAGUGUAUGAUGUCCACGGACGAGUUUCUAGUUUUUUGUUUGAUAAUAAUGGAUGCAAUGCAAUCCCGGUAGGGUUUUCGAUUUUCUG